GCGGGGGCGGCGAUCAGCGAGCCGAGUGCGGAUCCUACACCAUCGGGUGUGACGCGGCGGGCUCAGCCCCUGGCGGAGGAUGAAAUGAUGUAAGGCACUCGUUUAUUCAGUCUAGACGUGAGAGCCUGCAGCAGGGACCCAUCGGGGGAGCAUGGCCUGGCCACAGCUGAUUCCUCGGGGCGCUGCGCCCUCCCACCUCAGCCACCACCAUGUCACUGUGUUCCUGCUCACUUUCUUCAGCUACUCAUUGCUCCAUGCCUCGAGGAAGACCUUCAGCAAUGUCAAAGUCAGUAUCUCUAAGCAGUGGACGCCCAGCGUUGCCAACACGUCACUGGAGCUGCCCAUUGAGAUCUGGAGCCGCAACCACCUGUUUCCCAGUGCGGAGGAGGCCACGCUCUUUCUUGGGACGCUGGACACCAUCUUUCUCUUCUCCUAUGCCGUGGGCCUGUUCAUCAGUGGCAUCGUUGGGGACCGCCUCAAUCUGCGAUGGGUGCUGUCCUUUGGCAUGUGCUCAUCCGCCCUGGUGGUGUUUAUCUUCGGCACCCUCACAGAGUGGCUGCACUUCUACAACAAGGGGCUCUACUGCUGCCUGUGGGUAGUCAACGGCCUGCUGCAGUCCACGGGCUGGCCCUGCGUGGUCGCUGUCAUGGGCAACUGGUUCGGGAAAGCUGGCCGUGGUGUCGUGUUCGGCCUCUGGAGUGCCUGUGCGUCGGUAGGGAACAUUCUCGGAGCUUGCCUCGCCUCUUCUGUCCUACAGUAUGGCUAUGAGUAUGCCUUCCUGGUGACAGCGGCUGUACAGCUUGCUGGCGGAAUCGUCAUCUUCUUUGGGCUCCUGGUGUCACCAGAAGAGAUUGGUCUCCCUGCGGUUGAGGCUGACCAGCAUGCUGAAGAAGACUCGCACAGGCCACUCAUCAGUGGGGUGGACAACGAAGAUGAGUAUGACCCGAAUUACUCCAUCCAGGAAGACCCCGUGACCCCCGCUGCCCCUGCCCAGGCCAUCAGUUUCCACCAGGCAUGUUGCCUUCCAGGUGUCAUCCCGUACUCGCUGGCUUAUGCCUGCUUGAAGUUGGUAAACUACUCCUUCUUCUUCUGGCUGCCCUUUUAUCUGAGUAACAACUUUGGGUGGAAGGAGGCCGAAGCAGAUAAGCUGUCCAUUUGGUACGACGUUGGCGGAAUCAUAGGUGGGACUCUCCAGGGCUUCAUCUCGGACCUGCUGCAGAAGCGUGCACCUGUGUUAGCCCUCAGCUUGCUCCUGGCCAUUGGCUCUCUUGUGGGCUACAGCCGUUCUCCCAAUGACAAGUCCAUCAACGCUCUCCUGAUGGCUGUGACAGGGUUUUUCAUCGGUGGCCCCUCGAACAUGAUCAGUUCUGCCAUCUCAGCGGAUCUGGGUCGCCAAGAGCUGGUUCAAGGGAGCAGCGAGGCUCUGGCGACGGUCACGGGGAUCGUGGAUGGGACGGGGAGCAUUGGUGCUGCCGUGGGCCAAUAUUUAGUGUCUCUGAUCCAGGACAACCUCGGAUGGAUGUGGGUUUUCUACUUCUUCAUUCUCAUGACGAGCUGCACAAUUCUGUUUAUCUCGCCAUUGAUAGUGAGGGAAAUUCGUCAUCUAAUGCAGAGACAGCAAGUGCACACGCUGAGCGAGUGACCAUGCCCGCAGGACAGAAGUUGCAGGCGCCAGCAGGCCUGGUGUUUCUAGGAAUUUACCUGUCCGGGUUUUCUUAAGACAGUGUCACCAAAGCUCAUCAUCGGCCUCCCACGGUGCUGAGCAGCUCUCUAGGCAGGGCUAUUUUUCUACACUACAGGAAUUAUCAUUUUUGUUUUUUUUUUUUUUUGGGCCAUAUCCAGCGGUGCUCAGGGCUUACUCCUAGCUCUGUGCUCAGGGAUCGCUCAAGUGACCGUAAGUGGUGCUGCGGAUUGAACCCUGCCUACACUACAGGAAUGAAUGAAUGGUUUUGAUCGCUUUCGUGGGAUGUACUGGGCAGCCUGUGUCUCGGUCUGGCCUGGAACAUUUUGCCCCUUCACCUUCUGAGUACUUUGUGGCCAGGACAUCAUCCUGCAUCAGUGAUUUUCUAGUGACCAGGAGAUGCCAGUGAAGCCUCUGCUAACAGGAAGAUCAGCUGGUAUGGAUGAGUGGCUGAGAACAUCUUGUAUGGGGUCUGGCUGGAGCACUUAUGCCGGAAGUGGCAGAUGCUUCCCCCCAACCCCAGAAAGACUGAACUCUGGAGGGGCCGGUCCCAGGAGCUACCUGGGGACCUCCAACCCACCAUCUAACCUCAAGACUUUCCACUUGAAUCAGAUAUCCCUACAAAUGAUCAUCGACCCAUCUCCCGUCACCCUGUCUGAGUGCACAAUGUUGACUUCCUUUCCUGGCACAGCGAACACUACCGGUUAUGGGGGACAUUCCAGGGUGGUGGUCCAGCUGUCCAGUGACUCAGGGGUCCAUUGGGAAGCUUUGGUGUUGAAUUCUUGUUCCCUGUGGCAUCUGGAAUCUGGUGUCCCUCAGCACCAGAUUGGAGGUAGAGGAAAGGGAGAACCCCCCCCUUGUCGACUUUUAAUCUGUGAUUAUCCCAUGUGAGUGGCCAGCAGCAUUUCUCCUGGAGUCAUAGAGGGUAUGUCUUCGAGGCGAUGAAUUUUCUGCUCACUGUUGGAUAUUUUAAGGUCAUUCUGUACAUAGGUCUUAAAUUAUGUCUGCAAGCUAGGAAGAAAACAUGAAAUUUCAAAGGCUUCUUCCAUAUAUAUGUAUAUAUACAUAUAUAUCUGAUAUAUACAUACAUGUAUAUAUGGUAUGUACAUGUAUAUAUCAUAUAUAUAUAUGUAUCAGGCAAGGGGCCAGCCAUUUCCUUCCAC